GUUUUUUAUAACGUCUUCGAGUAGGCUGUUGUGAGCCUGGUUGCCCUGUGACAAAUAUAUUUUCAUGCGGUACACUAUAAUGAGCAUAUAUGAAGUACCUACACCAGCGAGUGCAAUAUGGCUUCCACAAGUUGCUGCAAGUGUAUGAUCGGUCCUUCCAUUCUCAACGCUGAUCUGUCCUGCUUAGCUGAAGAAUGCAACAAGUUACUUGAAUGCGGAGCAGACUACUUGCAUCUAGAUGUAAUGGAUGGGUGAGAACUAAUGUAAUGUGAAGAAAAACAUACAUUCUCCCGCGGUCGUUUUUGAUAGUUAAACUGAUUUUUAUAUUAUGUUUAAAAAGCGUAUUUAACUUUGUAUAAAAGCUUAUAAGGUCAUAUUUCUACAGCCAUUUUGUACCAAAUUUGACGUUUGGGGCGCCAUUAGUCAAGUGCUUAAGGAAAAAAGUGCCAAAUGCUUUUUUCGGUGAGUAAGGAAAAUAAUCUUACUUAUUUUAGCCUAAGGUCGCUGGGCAUGAUUGUACCGGAAGUGGCGGGGGCGGGGGUGGGAAGAUUAGGAGUGAAGGCGUGGAAUCGGUGAAGAUUCAAUUUUUUACAAGAUAUAUAUUUUUUGCUUCUUUGGCUAUUUCCAAUGUAAAAUAUUGCUAAGUUUUUUUUGUUUUGAGAAUUAUUUGUAUUUGUCUUGUGUUUUCCCUGUUCAGAUAUGCAUAUGAUGGUGGCAAAUCCUGAAAAGGUAAUCAAGUAAUGAAGUACUUGUAAAUGAACCAUUCCUUUCAGAACCCAGUGAUUUAAACACUAGCCUGUACACAGCCGUUGUUUUAUUUUUCGUUCUUUUAGAACUUUUUUCCCUACCCAUACCCCCUUGAGCUCACGUGGGCUCAGCAGACUUUGAAGAGAAAAUAGAGGGUCUGUGAACAGGCUAUUUAAACACCAAGUAGCUCUCUGCCCUCCAUAGGUUUGCUACCCAGCUGUCAACAACUGCAGCUUGUUGAAAGGAUUAAUAAUAAUUGUUCUUUUUGCUCUUGGUUGCUUUCAAGUGGGUUGAUGACAUGGCUGAUGCAGGUGCAGACCAAUACACUUUUCAUAUUGAAGCGACAGGUAUAAAAAAAAUAUAAUAAUAAAUAGUGAUUUAGAGGUAGCACAUCCAUGUAACAGUUAGUGGUUCUUCAUCUACCUGAUCCCUGAUUAAAUUGGAAUUUGGAAAUGUUGGUUUUUGAUGAGAGGGGGGAAACUGGAGUUCCCAGAAAAAAAACCUGCGGACAGGGUAAUAACACUAACAUUUCAAGUUGCAGGGUAAAUACAACAAGUAGGCGGGGGAUCAAACAGCUAGGAAUUUCUUUUGGUUCUAUUUUUCUUUUAUUUUCCUUUGAAAGUAGGCAGGGGCCACAUUCAAAGUAGCCGGGGGAAAUCCCCAGCCCUCGCCUCUUAAUGACAGCCCUGUGUGGAGCAAAGGAGAAAACCAACAACAAAAUCAACCCACAUAUGGCAUUGACACGAGAUUUCAACCUAGUGGGCCAUGUUGGUAGGAGGCAAAGUGCUCUCUCCACUGCACUGCCCUUGCUUAAUAUGCUCAACCAUAUAGAAAAAUUGAUUGAUUAAUUAAUAAAUCAAUUAAUAGUAAAUUAGGUUUUUUCUUUUGUUUACUGAAAUAAUGUUAAGUUUCUUGGCUUUGACAAACAAAAUUUCACAGAAUAAUAAUUAAUUAAUUUGAUACUUAUCACUCAGAUCCAUGUAAGGACAUACAUUUAAGCUUCAUCUCAUGCAUGAUGACAUGCAAUGUUGAUAUCCAGAUAAUGGCAGUAAUUUUAAUGGUAUAGUAUAUAAUUUCUGUGAAGGUAAAAUCUAUUUUCAGGUUAAGCCAGAAUUUUGGUGGUGUUUUGUGAAUAAUUAUUAGGGCUAGAAAACAAAGGAAAUGGUAAAUUAAACUAGGUUGAAUUCUGGUUUAAUUUGAGAAUAGAUUGAUUAGGGUGCAAAAAAAGCCAAGGCCAAGACCUGUUUGGAUAAUGUAAUGACUAGACUAAGCUUUGCCUAUAAUUUUCACUGUCACAAAAAACCUUUGCAUUUAAUGUUGUAAUAUUAUGAGCGGUGCACAACAAAAUGUACUCUAGCUUUACACUUCAUUGUUUUUACUCCAAUCAGACAGACCUCUACAGCUGAUCCAACAGAUAAAGAAGGCUGGAAUGAAGGUGGGUGUGGGAGUAAAACCAAACACACCUGUGGAGUCUGUACUGCCACUUGUAGACCUGGUUGAUAUGGUGCUUAUCAUGACAGUAGAACCAGGGUUUGGAGGACAGAAGUUCAUGGCAGAUAUGAUGCCAAAGGUACUAAAUAUUGUAUGGUAUAUUUCAAAGGUUAAGCCUAAAUGCAUAAUUUACUCAUGUGCAUGUGAAAUGUGACAGUGCAGUAAUCAUCUCAUCAUCUUGGACUAGAAACCUUGUGUCUAGUAUAAUCCACACAGAAAUGCUGGCUACCCACAGAAAAUAAUAUUUUUAGAGUCAGAAUGAUAAUAACAAACAAAGGAUUAAUUUUAUUAAUCCUAAUGCACAAUAUAUAUAUUUUUCUAACACUUGUCUUUUUGGAAAAAAUUAAAACAUAUCCUAUAAAUAAUGUGGGCAUAUAAAGGUACCACCCUCAUAGCUAAAAUUUCUUCCUCAAUGCUCAAAAUUUCAGUAACAUUUUUCCAGAUAACUGAUAAUAUUUCUUGAAUGAAAUGGGGCAGCUCCCCUCCCAUACAUACAUACCCCCCACACAUACACAGUCACAACUGUGACACUGGAGAGAUAUGCCUUUGGAACUACCGUUAUUUAUUGAUUGAUUACGUGCCCAACCUUGAUUUAGUGUCCACCUCGAAUAAGCGCCCAUCUUGUGGGAGGAAAAGUUUAAAAUAAGUGCCCAGCCUCAAAUAAGUGGAUUGAUAGAGUAUCGUACUCACAUAUUUUGCAAUAAGUUAAUUGCUUGAUAUUUUACCAGCAUUGCUUUGAUUCAUACGUUUACUAGUGUUUCUUCUGUUGCAUUGUUUUUCAAGGUCAAACAUCUAAGAACAAAGUACAAAAUAUUGGAUAUUGAAGUUGAUGGAGGAGUAGGAAUCCAAACAAUAGAAACAGCAGCUCAGGUAUCAAUCGAUACAUGAGUGUGAUUACAUAUAACUUAGUCGCCUUCAAGGAGGCUCUCCAUUUGAGGGAUGCAGAUGUUCUGAAAGGUCAUGCACAAGUAGCCUGCUUUGCAGCUGGACUUGUCUCUCAAGGCCCAGACAGUCUAUGACGCAGGCUACGCACAAGCAGCACAGAAAGGAAAUGCACAAGACAGUGAGGUGCUGGGAAAGCACCUUUCUUGUGGAUUCACUCAUGUAUCACCUUGCUCACACCUUGAAAUGGAUAGCUUGCUCAGUGGGGAAUGAGUUAGCUAGAAUUGAUCAUUGCACAGGCAGACCAAGAAUGACACGGAGCAAUAUCAUGUGGACAUGUUAACACAAAGAUAAUUCACAAAAUAAAAAUGAUCUACAGCAAACUUUCCAGGCAACAAACUUUCAGUUCAAUUCUCUUCUAGCAAUAUUACUGGACAAAAAAAUGGUGUGAAUCUUCCAAAUUUGUUUAGUGUUAGCAUGUUACAAUAACUUAGCCAUGAGAUAUACAGUCAUGUAUUUUUAAUGGGUAAAAAUGUUUGUCAUAUCUUAACCUACUUUAAACUUUCUUUUUUAGGCUGGAGCCAACAUGAUUGUAUCCGGUAGUGCUGUGGUCAAAAGCGAUAAACCAAAAGAAGUAAUGGAUACUUUGAGGGAAGUAACAGAAAAGUGGAUAAAGAUCAACAGUGAAGCAAGUCAAUAACACAGAACAGUUAUUCAAAUGUAGCUCUAGUCAUAACUGACAUCCUAGUCUAUUUUGUAAUGCACAUCUGAUGACUUAUAAGUAAAAUGGCAUUCAUUUUGCUUUGACAGCAAGGAUCUAUUUAGUGUACAUCCUUUUUGAUAAGAGGAUUGUCAUAUUUAUCAUAUUUAAAAUUGCAGCAGGAGACAAUCCUGGCAGGUUACAGGGCCCGUUUAUUUAGGGCAUUCUCACUGCUGUAAUCUCUCUCCAAGAUGAACACUACUGAGAGCAUUACCAAGAGUCUGUCUUAAAAGUGUCCACCUCUAAGAGGGUCAAACAAUAUAACUGAACUUGUAACAACAAGCAUGAACUCUAGGUUUUCCUUUAAGCUUUGUGCAAAUGGACGUGUAAAAGUUUGACCAGUUUCAAACUUUGCGCAACAACUCCCACAAACAGGCAACAUGCAACAGGGUGUGCAAAUGGAUUCAACAUCCAACAAUGGUUUGCUCAUUUGCACGGGGCUUUAGAAAAAUGAGUACUGCUGAAGAGUUUUCAUUUGAAAGGUCACAUGGUAGAUUUUAUUCACAGAGACAACAGUUAGCUGCUGAUUGUACCCAAUGUCUUUACAUAACUUUUGGAGGAAAAGAGUGGGUAAUGCUUUUCAUGCUUGAUGGUUUCAGUCUGAACAUUUGACAACCUCUUUGGCAGUACUUAAGGUAACUGUAUUUUUUUACGUAAAAUUUAGAAUUUAGACAGUUAAGGGGAUUCUUUUGUGAUUCACCGCUGCAUCAUGGAACUGUAAAGUAAUUUAAAUAACUAGAAAGAACUCAAUUAACUGCAAGGAGAACACUCCUGAAAAGAUACUGAGGGAGACAAUAUUGUAACAAUGAAAAAUUACAUUUUUGUAGCUGAUGAGAUAGAAAGUAAUAAUUUGUACACAAUGGUGUAUUCUUACAAAAUAAUCAUACAUGCAUCUUUUUGAGUUUCUUGCUUUGCCUACAUGCAAGGACAAUUUUGUUUGUACAGUUAUUUUCUGUCAUUAAGCAAAUAACGUUUUGUUUCUUUUUUUAAUGUAGAU